AUAGAAAGAUAACAACGAUAAAAAGAAAUGGAUAUAAAGGACUUUAUUGCGAUUUUUAUUUUUCUUCCUGCCUUUCUUGAAGCACAACAAGGCACUCGUUGCGCCAAUGGCUGGAUACAACACCAUGACAAAUGCUAUUUCUUCAGUAAAGUAAAGGAACCAUGGUUUGCGGCAUCUGCCCUUUGCGUUGCUUAUGGUGCCCGCUUAGCUGAGCCAGUGACACAGGAAGAGGUGACAUUUCUAUCCAGAGAAACAAUUCAAAUUGGAAAUGGCGGAGAUUACUAUUUAGGCGUGACAGAUGCUUUCUUGGAAGGCGAGUGGGUCUACUCCUCCAGGAAGUCCCCUGUGUUAGUACACAUGCCCUGGGUAGGAGGGGGACCAGACAACUACCAUGAAGAGGACUGUGCUGCUAUUGAUUCAAGCACUACUCAUCACGGACAGUGGACCGAUGUUCCUUGUGAUUUACCGCUUUACUUCAUCUGUGAAUAUAGUUUAGACCUUUUACACAGUGACAUCGCUUUAUAAUGUACCAAGUACCUAGACUGGCAAUGGAAAGGAUCAACAACAAAAAGGGAAUCAGCACAAGAACUGGCACUGAAACACAUAAAUUUUAACUUGU